AGGAAGGCUGAGGUCCUGUGCCAGAUUUCAGUGCUGCUAAAUAAGCUUUGGGAGAAUUCCACUACCAUCUUUCAUCCCUCACCAUACUCCCUGCCAGGAAAUAUCCAGAAUGACAGAUAUGACCAGGCUUCACCAGGCCGUUGCUAUAGGGGACUACAACUUGGUGAUGAGGAUGCUAAAGAAGGGGCUUUACAAUCCAAACCACAAGGAUGAAGACUGGAAUGACCGGACUCCACUUCAUUGGGCUGCAAUUAAAGGACACAUUGAGAUGACAAAGCUUCUAAUCGCCUAUGGAGCCAGGCCCUGUUUGGUGACUGAUGUUGGUUGGACCGCAGCACAUUUUGCAGCUGAAUCAGGCCAACUAGGAGUGCUCAAAGUUCUCCACAUGCUGCAUGCCGCCAUUGAUGCCCCAGAUUUUUUUGGAGAUACUCCAAAGAGGAUUGCACAGAUCUAUGGGCAGGAAGAAUGCAUGGCAUUCCUGGAGAGGGCUGAAGUUGAGUGUCAGGCCUAUCGAUUAAUGGCCCAGGAGAAGGGGCUACCAUUGGAUCAGAAAGAUGAAGAAUGGGAACUCAAGAAACAGGAACUCGAAAAGACACUCCCUUCUCUAAAUAAAAACAAAAAUAGGAAAAAUAUUAAGAAAUUUCAAGGUCCCCACCAGGCUCCACUUGGUCGGGCUCAUUUACACCAAGACUCUCUUGUGCGCAGGUUGGCAAGGGAAAUCAAAUAGUUAAAGCUAGAUACCCUCAGAUAAUUGAAUCAUGUUCCGGGGGGUGUGAAAAAGUCUAUUUUUAUGAGGUAAACUUUUCCUAGGGCUCAGUUAAGAGUAAUGACUGUGCUACUUCUUGGUUAGAUUUGCAUACACUUAUGUAGACUGGCAUGCAAAGUUUAUUUCCCAGGGCUCCUCAGUAAAAAGAUCCUCCUAAAGUAAAUAGAUCCUUGAUAAACCCAUAACUGGGCUGGGACCAGACCUGUUAUUUAAUUGGCAUAAGGAAGCCCCACAUAAGGAAAUUCUAUUCAUUUUGAACUUAAAUACAAAAAUGAAAAAAAGAAUAUUUCCAUGUAUAUAUACAACAUAAAAAGAAGAGUUAAUAUAAAACUGCAAAUUCCCACGUCAACUGUUUCCUUAUUUUUGGAAAAACCAUAUAAUAAAUACUAUACAUCAUUUUC